UCUAUCCUUUGCUUAUCACUAAAUGGCGCUAACUUGCCCUGCCAUGCAACUUGACAAAAUAUUUAUUUGUUUUUAUGGCUAACUUUUAAGAUUCUGCUAUCGUAUUUCCAAGUUCUCAAAUGUUAAUAUCUUAUGAUUAAUAGUGAUUCAAAAUGUUCAUCAGAAAGUUCCUCACAAUUCAAUUCUACUCCGUACUUUCCCGGCCCAGGAAAUAUGGUAUAAAAAGUACUCAAUUCAUGAGUCUUCAUUACAAACAUAACUACCUAAAAUAUUAUCUUUGUCACAAUUGUAAUACAUUAAAAUUACGUGAUCCUUUUGAAACAUCUCUGAAGAAACAUUUCUCUAAAACAGCUACGUUCGGAAUUAGUAAUGCUAUUGACGAAAAAAAGAAUUUUGCUGCGAGCUUCCGCGAAAUAGCUUUAUUACUAAAUUCCGAGGAAACUGAAAUCAUGCACUUAUUUAAAAAACACCCUAAGCUGUUGACCAAUUUUGAUUUGGAAAACACUUUGGCUAAACUUUCUCUCCUUUUGAACCAGUUUCCUAAACCAACUAUCAAGAAAAACAUUUGUGUCCUGGAACUUCCACUUGAUGAACUCGAAGGUCGAUUAAAUGCAAUGAAAAAAUGGGAAUUGGAUGAUGCUACUUUCGGCGAAUUUCUACCUCUUUUUAAAAUGCCGUCAAAAGAUUUCUAUCGAAUGUCUGCGAAAUUUAUCGUUGAAAAGAAUAUUGUUAAACAUAAAAAUCGAAUAGUUUUCAUUGCUAAUGAGAUGCAAUGUCCUGUGGAAGAAGUGGUGGAAAAAUUUUUGCAAUUUAAAUUUCUUCUAUUUCGUAACUUUCGCGAGAUUGAAAGCAAUAUUAUUGUUUUAAAGGAGUUUGGAAUACCUUCUGAAACUUUUCUUCAAGAAUUUUCAGUCUUGAAUGUGACUUCUGAAAAACUGAGAAGGAGAUUAAAGAAACAGCUUGAAUGUGGUCUGAUAAACAAUCUUUCGCUUAUCCAUUGUGCUGAAACACUUUUCGCCGAUAAAAUUCAACGUGAAAUAGAAAAAAAUAAAAUACUUAGUGGUUGGGCAUCCACCGAAGAAUACAUUUCUCAUGUAUUAAAUCUGACUCCUGAAGAAAUAAUGGAUCUAAAAAUGGCUCAUUCAAAAAUUUUUAAUAUGGAUAUCGUUAAAAUGAAGAAGAUGUUGGAAUUUUUGCUUUCAUGUGGCUACACCACAAAACAAAUAAGUCUAUUCCCAACUAUAUUCAAUUAUAGCUACCUGAAAGUAAAAGAACGUUACGCUGAACUUGAAAGUUUUGGAAUCACUUUGCCAAAACUGACAGUACUGUGCCUUAACCAGAAGAUUUACGAUAGAUUAAUUGAAGGAUUGAAGAGGAAAAAAACAGAAGAAAUUCCAAGUGAAAAAAAGACAACUAGAAAAAAACUCCAAUCAAAAGAAAAACCAUCGGCAUAGGCUACUUUUUUCAUUUUUAUACCGUUAAUACUAGAAAAAAGGAAGAAAAGUCUGAAUAAAAGUAGUAAUUUCUCAAUUUUGAACACGCGUAAUUUGUAAUUCGAAAACAAAAAUAAUUGUGAAUUUUGUAAGUAAUAAUAAAUGAGCUGUUUUUGAAAGUUAUAAAAUUGAUAAUUACUAUCUUAAACGUAUAUUCUUUUUAUAUAAACAUAUCACUGAAUAACAACAUAAGGACAUAUAAAAAAUUAGAAUUAAUACACCAUUUGUAGAAUUUACAGUUAAAGUAGGUACACAAAUAUUAAUAACGCCAGUUAACAAAUUUCCAGCUAGAAAAAAAACUAGACCGUUAUAAUUGAUAGCUUCCAUGAUUAAAGGAAUGACUGAGA